CUAAUUAACAUCCCCACUUUUCGCACACACGGUGCAGCUGGCACACGGAUGCGGGUGAUUCCACAAUUCUUGCUCAGUGCCUGAAGCCUUCCCAACGGGGCGUUCAGCUUAGCUUAGUCCAGUGUUGCAAACUGUCCUGGCUGGUGGCACUCAGCUGGAUUUGGAACUGUUUUGUUGAACUCUCGCUUCUCUCGUUGAUGCGUUAAACCGUAGUCUCGCGUUUGAAAGGAUCUUCGCGAAGUGAAGCAGAUUUUAGUACACCACUUCCACAAUCACACUGUUUUCCUGUAUACGCAGACGCUAUUGAACAAAUAUGUUGAUGUAGCGAUUGCACAAUUAAGAUGUGAAUAGGCCGAUGCGAGAGUGGAUUGUUGUGUCAUUUGGGUAAUACAGAUGUCGUAAAUAUUGCAUGAGACUUGACAGUACCAGGAGGGAAUACUUUAGACUCUUAACUGUCUAUCCAAGAUGGCGAGACUGGCUCUGUUCCUCUGGAUUCUGCCCAGUCUCGUUUGCGUCCAUUUGAGACAGGCUCACGCGCAGACUGGAUACACGGAGUUGUUGAGCUCCACAACAGGUCGAGACUACGACUAUCACGACGUGAUGGCCUCCCUCGCUGAUGCUGAUCAGACCACUGCAUCUAUCAGCAACGUUCUGAGCGAGUCCGGACAGCCCAAUUAUGAACAGGAUGUGGAUGCAACCGACGAUGCCUACUUGCAAGAGGGGGAGGCGGGUGGUAAUGAUCCCAAUGAAGAUGGAUUUGACAUGGUCGAGAUGGACGAUGAUGGUGAGUCGAGCUCGGAGGAGGACACGGAUAAGUCCGUCUCCCCGGAACCGUCGAGAGGCUGUCAAACUGGGAACCUCGUUGACGAUUCCUGGAGGUGUGAUCCUAACUGGGCAUCUCGCCGGAAGAACUUAGCCAGCUGCGCAAUCGGGUUCGGCCGAAAAGCCAUAGGUGGCAAGAAUGGUGCGAUUUAUGUCGUCACGUCUCCCCGUGACGACAACCCCGCGAACCCAGCUCCUGGCACCUUGCGCUAUGCCGUCACGCGUAAACAACCCCUGUGGAUAGUUUUUGCGUCCAGUAUGAUCAUCAAGCUCAAAAAUGAGCUCCUGAUCACAAGUUUCAAGACCAUUGACGCGCGCGGCGUGCAAGUCCGCAUUGCCGGGGGUGGUGGGCUCAGAAUACAUAAAGUGAGCAACGUCAUCGUGCACGGCCUCUUCAUCCACGACAUUAAGGCCACCGGACCAGCAAAGAUUAUGAAAUCAGAGAAGAAUGUGGAAAACCGUCCCCGAUGCGAUGGUGAUGCGAUAUCGAUCUUUUCUUCUAGUAACAUCUGGAUAGAUCACUGCUAUCUCUCAAAUGCUGCCGACGGGCUGAUUGAUGUGAUUCGCGGCUCGAACAGUAUCUCCAUAACUAAUUGCUACUUCACCAGACAUAACAAGGUGAUGCUCCUGGGAGGAGAUGCGAGUCACACAAUGGACCGGAACAUGCAUGUUACUGUGGCUUACAACAAAUUCGGUCCCGGCCUUGUUCAGAGGAUGCCGAGAAUUCGUUACGGAAACUUGCAUUUGGUAAACAACGAGUACUCUAGCGGAUGGGGAGUAUACCCUGUUGGUGGCAGUCAGAAUCCCACCAUUCUGUCGCAAGGCAAUGUGUACAACGCGAACAGGGGCAACAAGGAAGUUACGAAGCGCAUUGACGACGGAGGGCCCAAAUUCGGAGGUCCUAGGACGUGGAACUGGAGAUCUGAGGGGGAUAUGUUCCAGUCCGGCGCUUACUUUGGGAACGUGCCCAUGAGUUGGUCAGCUCAGAGUUACUCCCAAACUGUUAGCUGCAAAUCUCGUCCAGCCUCCAUGGUGUGGAAGAUGGUAAGAGAUGCCGGCCCACUCAACUGUCGCAAAGGAGCUCGUUGCUGAACAUCGUAUUUUCGAGGUCAAUCAGUGUGUGCUGCAAGUUGCAUCAUGUAACAUCAUUUUUUCCUGCAACGGAAUUGCUCCAUUUUUAUUGAAAGAAACGAAGAAAAAUACUGCACAUAAAACC